UCAAGCACAAAAAUAAAAAGAAGAAAAUUUUUUCAACUUCAAGAACUUCUUUACUUUGGUGGAAAAAAAAUGGUGCAAUCUGAUGAAGUACGAAAAGGACCAUGGACAGAACAAGAAGACUUCAAAUUGGUGUCAUUUGUUGGAUUAUUUGGAGACAGAAGAUGGGAUUUUAUUGCUAAGGUAUCAGGUUUGAAGGUGGCGGGAGACAGAUUGAAUAGAACUGGUAAGAGUUGUAGGUUAAGAUGGGUUAAUUAUCUUCAUCCUGGUCUUAAACGUGGUAAAAUGACUCCUCAUGAAGAACGUCUUGUCCUUGAACUUCAAUCCAAAUGGGGAAAUAGGUGGUCAAGAAUUGCUCGAAAGUUACCGGGACGAACAGAUAACGAGAUUAAGAAUUACUGGAGAACUCACAUGAGGAAGAAGGCUCAGGACAAAAAGAAGGGAUCAUCAGUUCCAUCAACAGAACACCAUGCAAUGAAUUCUCAAGCUUCCAAAGAGGCAGGGGAAGAAAUUAGUUUUUAUGACACAGGAGGAUCAACAAUAUCAAACCAAAAAAACCAAAUUAAACAAGUAGGAGAAGAACAUGAACAAGAAAUUUCAAUGGAUGAUAUAUGGAAAGAUAUUGAUCUGUCAGAAGAGAACAGUCUGCAUAAUGAAGAUACAGGCUGCAAUAAUAAUAAUAAUAAUAACAUAUCUUAUUUACCAAAGACUUCUCAAUCAUGGGAGUAUAAUUCCACAGACUCACUAUGGGUGAUGGAUGCAGAAAGUAUGUUAUUCCCUGAGGUUCCUAUGAUUGAUGACCCUUAUUUUUCUUGCUAUACUAAUUAGGAUUCUUUUUUCCAAAAUCAAUAUUUUGUUUUGUUUGUUUGUUUGUUCAUAUCAUCAUGAUGUGUGUCACUGCCACUUGUUUUAAUUUAGUCUAAAUUAAUUAACCUUUGUAUAGCAUUUGCAGCCUUUUAGCUUUUGUAAUGGUUCUCUUUAGUGUGAACCAGCUGUAAUAAUCCCUAAGCAAGGAUAACCUCUAGUAUUGUCAAUGUUUUAGUGCUUUUUUUACUUUCAGAAAACAUCCAAUAAGAUAGGGAGUUGGUAUGUUCGGAAUGAAUGUAAAAUAUUAAGUGCAUGUACUUUACAUUAUAAAGCUUUAAUCUCAUUUACACAUCUACUAA